CCCACCUCCAGGAAACACGGCAGAGGGGGAGGUGAGGCCCCAGUGGCUGAGAGGGGGUAGGGAAGGGGAGGUGCUUGUCCAUUUAUAGGCUUGCUCUUUGGGAUGCUGAAGGUGCUGAAAUAGCAAGGACAAGGGACUUGGCUGAGUGUGAAAUACCCACGGAGCUGCCUAAAGGACUCUGAGAUGACAAUAGGGAGCAUGGAGAACGUGGAGGUCUUCACUUCUGAGGGCAAGGGCAGAGGUCUGAAGGCCACUAAGGAGUUCUGGGCUGCGGAUGUCAUCUUCGCUGAGCGGGCUUAUUCUGCAGUGGUUUUUGACAGCCUGGUUAACUUUGUGUGCCACACCUGCUUCAAGAGGCAGGAUGCGAAGCUCCAUCGCUGUGGGCAGUGCAAGUUUGCCCACUACUGUGACCGCACAUGCCAGAAGGAUGCUUGGCUGAACCACAAGAAUGAGUGUUCGGCCAUCAAGAGAUACGGGAAGGUGCCCAAUGAGAACAUCAGGCUGGCGGCCCGCCUCAUGUGGCGGGUGGAGAGAGAGGGCACCGGGCUCACCGAGGGCUGCCUGGUCGCUGUGGAUGGCCUGCAGAACCACGUGGAGCACUUUGGGGAGGAGGAGCAGAAGGAGCUGCGGGUGGACGUGGACACCUUCUUGCAGUAUUGGCCGCCCCAGAGCCAGCAGUUCAGCAUGCAGUACAUUUCGCACAUCUUCGGCGUGAUUAGCUGCAAUGGCUUCACGCUCAGUGACCAGAGGGGCCUGCAGGCGGUGGGCGUGGGUAUCUUCCCCAACCUGGGCCUGGUGAACCACGACUGCUGGCCCAACUGCACCGUCAUAUUUAACAAUGGCAAUCAUGAGGCAGUGAAAUCCAUGUUUCACACCCAGAUGAGGAUUGAGCUCCGGGCCCUGGGCAAGAUCUCGGAAGGAGAGGAGCUGACAGUGUCCUAUAUCGACUUCCUUAACGUCAGCGAAGAGCGCAAGAAGCAGCUGAAGAAGCAGUACUACUUUGACUGCACCUGUGAGCACUGCCAAAAAAAGCUGAAGGAUGACCUGUUUCUGGGGGUGAAAGAUGACCCAAAGCCAUCUCAGGAGGUGGUAAAGGAGAUGAUACAAUUCUCCAAGGAUACCCUGGAAAAAAUUGACAAGGCUCGCUCUGAGGGUCUGUACCAUGAGGUUGUGAAAUUAUGCCGGGAGUGCCUGCAGAAGCAGGAGCCAGUGUUUGCCGACACCAAUCUCUACACGCUGCGGAUGCUGAGCACUGUUUCCGAGGUCCUCUCCUACCUCCAGGCCUUCGAGGAGGCCUCCUUCUACGCCAGGAGGAUGGUGGAUGGCUAUAUGAAGCUCUACCACCCCAAUAAUGCCCAACUGGGGAUGGCUGUGAUGCGGGCAGGGCUGACCAACUGGCAUGCUGGUAACAUCGAGGUGGGGCACGGGAUGAUCUGCAAAGCCUACGCCAUUCUCCUGGUGACCCACGGACCCUCCCACCCAAUCACCAAGGACCUAGAGGCCAUGCGGGUGCAGACGGAGAUGGAGCUGCGCAUGUUCCGCCAGAAUGAGUUCAUGUACCACAAGAUGCGCGAGGCUGCGCUGAACAACCAGCCCAUGCAGGUCAUGGCCGAGCCCAGCAGUGAGCCAACCCCGGCUCUGUUCCAUAAGAAGCAAUGAAGCCCUGUCUGGUGGGGGCGGGCUCCGUGCCUGGGGAACUGGGGAGACAUUCUGGAGGGAGUGGGUUUCUGGGAAGACCCUUGAUGAGUAUGUUCACUCUUGUUGCUGUGGGAAUGUACUGUUCUGUGUUCCUCAGGUCAUUUUGGUUCAUUAAACUUAGUUCAGUUCAGCUGAACCCUAUCCCAGGCCCGCCUAGCCCAGCUUAUCCUACCAAUAUUUAUUGGGUGGAAAGCCCUAGGGAUAAAGAAGCUUCAAGUGUCGCUGGGGAGGCAAAAUGUAAACAGCUAAAGCAAAGUGUAAUAAAUGC